AUGGGCUUCGAGGCGCACACAGCCACGGCGCUGUCGCAGGCGCUGAUGUGCGGCGGAGUUGCUGGAGGAACUCUUUUGCUGCUGUUUAAAAAACAUCCUUUCGCAGACAGAGCCCUCGUCGACCUCGAUCUGGUGAUAUUUUUGGCUCCCGCGCAGCUAGUGGGAGUUUCUUUGGGAGUUAUUUUGAAUUACUGUUUGCCUUCUUGGCUGCUGGUGCUGCUGCUGGUGCUGGUGCUGUCAGUGGCUGUGAAGCAAACUAUAAAGCAGUACCAGCGGCUGCGCCGCGAGCGCAGCGCAGCGCAGCAGCAGCAGCAGCAGCAGCAGCAGCAGCAGGUUGCUGCUGCUGCUGCUGCGGCUGCGGCCGAGGCCGCGGACAAAAACAAACACGCAGAGCCCCUGCUGCAGCUGGCCGCAGCAGAAGGCCUCCAGGAGCUUGGCACAACCCAGCAGCAUCAGCUGCAGCAGCAGCUGCAGCAGCUGCAGCAGCUGCAGCAGCUGCAGCAGCAGCGCCAGUGUGAAGCAGCAGCAGCAGCAGCAGCAAGGCAUACUCCUGCUGGUGAAUUGCUGCGGGGAAGUGACAGCUGCUGCACGAGAGCAGCAGCAGCAGCAGCAGCAGCAGCAGCAGCAGCAGCAGCAGGCAGUUGUGGGCCUGUUAACGAGGGUACCCCCGUGCCCCCCGAGGGGCCCCCCAGUGGGGCCCCCCCGGGGCCCCCCCAGGGGCCCCCCAGGGGGCCCCCAGGGGGGCCCCCUGGAGAGGCCCCCUUGGGGGCCCCCAGGGGGGCCCCCAGAAGGGCCCCUGGGUUUCUCCCUAAAGGGCCCCGAGGGGGGCCCCCGCGGGGGCCCCCAGGGGGGCCCCCAGGGGGGCCCCCAGGGGGGCCCCCAGGGGGGCCCCCAGGGGGGCCCCCAGGGGGGCCCCCGGGGGGCCCCCUGGUGCUGCGAGUGAAGGAAAGUGGGGAAAGUGAAGAAGAAAAAGAGACGCAGCUGGAGCCGGAAUUUGCUGCUGCAGAAACUGCAACAGCAGCAACAGCAGCAGCAAGGCCUUUGUCUCCUUGGGGGCCCCCCGAGGGGGCGGUGGGGAGCGCUGCUGCUGCUGCUGCUGCUGCUGCUGCUGCUGCUGCUGCGGAUAUGAAGGAAAUGAAGGAAAAGAGAAUUAAAUUAAAAGAAAGAAGUUUUAAAAGGAAUUCCAAAAGAUUUCGAGAAAUGCAGAAGAGACACCAACUCAUGGUUCCUUACUGCGGCAGCAGCUACUGGGUUCUGUUUUUCCUGUCUUCGCUGUUGCUGCUGCUGUGCUCGCUGGUCCAAGGCCUGAAUCUCUACCGCCUGCAGCGCAGCAGAGACGCAGCAGCAGCAGCAGCAGCAGCAGCAGCAGCAGCAGCAGCAGCAGCAGCACCGGGGGACUUGCACUAUGACAAGAAGACCGUUCUCUGUUUCUUUUUGCAGACAAUUCUCGCGGGGCUUAUUUCUGGGACUGUGGGCAUCGGCAGCUCUUUGGUCCUGGGGCCUUUGAUGCUGACACGGGAAAUGCUGCCGAGUGUAUGUACAGCAGUUAACACGCUGCUGGUUUUGUGCAGCAGCAGCUCCGCAGCUUUCAGGUGUAUCCUCACCUCUGCUGCUCCUUGGGAUGCUGCUGCUGCUCUUUUCGCGCUUUGCUUCGCAUGCGGCCUUCUCGGAAAGUCCCUUGUCGAUAAAGUUGUCAGCAAGUACAAAGCUGACAAUUUAGUGGUGUUGUUUCUAAUUAUAAUUAUUUUCGGUUCCAUGGGCUGUAUGGUUGGUAAGCCUCAUGCAGCAGCAGCAGCAGCAGCAGAAGCAGCAGCAGCAGCAGCAGCAGCAGAAGCAGCAGCAGCAGCAGCAGCAGAAGCAGCAGCAGCAGCAGCAGCAGUAGUUUGCACUUCAUUUUGA